UGUAGUAUAAAACCCCUAAGUCCCUCACCUUCUUCAUUUACUAGUGUGCUUCCUCAGAAUUCCACAAACACGUUGAUCGCUUUCCUCCGAGCCUCAAAUCCAUUCACAUUUGCAGCUCUCUUCGCUCUCGCUAUGGCUCUUCCGAAUCAGCAAACUGUCGAUUACCCUAGCUUCAAGCUUGUUAUCGUCGGCGACGGUGGAACUGGCAAGACCACGUUUGUGAAACGCCAUCUCACUGGAGAGUUUGAGAAGAAAUACGAACCAACUAUUGGUGUUGAAGUUCAUCCGUUGGACUUCUUCACAAACUGUGGGAAGAUCAGGUUCUACUGUUGGGACACCGCUGGUCAGGAGAAGUUUGGUGGUCUCAGAGAUGGUUAUUAUAUUCAUGGGCAGUGUGCAAUCAUCAUGUUUGAUGUUACUGCUCGUUUGACAUACAAAAAUGUCCCCACAUGGCACCGUGAUCUCUGCAGGGUGUGUGAGAACAUUCCCAUUGUUCUGUGCGGAAACAAGGUGGACGUGAAAAAUAGGCAGGUGAAAGCAAAGCAGGUUACCUUUCACAGGAAGAAAAAUCUCCAGUACUACGAGAUUUCUGCCAAGAGUAACUACAACUUUGAGAAACCUUUCUUGUAUCUUGCCAGAAAGCUUGCAGGAGAGACUGAGCUGCGUUUUGUUGAAUCACCUGCUCUUGCUCCUCCAGAAGUUCAGAUUGACAUGGCUGUCCAAGCAAAGCAUGAACAAGAAUUGGCACAGGCAGCUGCACAACCACUUCCAGAUGACGAUGAUGAUCUGUUUGAGUAGUGUGUUAUUAUAUUUCUGGAUUUUGUUUAGGCUGUUUGAUGUGAUCUGUGACUCGGGUUUCGGUUGUCAAGAAAUUUAUGACUUCACAAUCUCACUGGUUUUCUCCUUAGAUAUUAGGGUUGGUUGUUGCCAUGGGUACGUGUGAAAAGCUGAGAGACAUCUCUUGUUAGUAGGUGUUAUGUGGGAUUUACAUUUUAACCCGUUAUAUUGAAUUCUAAUUCUCUA